AUGGCAAAUGCCCAAGACACGCAACAUCCGCCCGAAGCGACUACGGUCAACGUCACCCUCCCUAGAAACAGCCUCGUUCCCUACGUCGAAUCUCAGCCCAGCUCACCUACGCUUGCCGAAGAAGACGAAGUUAGUUCAAUACCGAGACCUGCGUCCGAAGGAUCCUCGGGCACCGAUCGCAUCUUCUUCAGCGCUCACUUCGGGAUCAUCGGCACUAACGGCAACGCAUCCAUCCCCAAUCCCAGGAUACGUCACAAUGGCGAAUCCCAGCACGUACUAUCCAACAUCGAUGCCAGAGAAGAUGCCAUCCUUCGACUCUUACUCAACCUCGUUACCAAUCGACCCUACCUUUUUCGCAUCAUGGGGCCCGAGCUCGAAUGGUUACAGCGAAGGGCUGGAGAACUCGGAUACCAAUUGGACUCGGAACGAAGCUUAUCCACUUCACAAUCCCCUCCUGAAUCAAAUGCCGAUCCAAUCCCAAUACCUCCCCCUUCCUCAUAUGCCAAUCCCCAUGUUACCAUAUCCUCUAAUCACAACGGAUCCUCAGACUCGGAACCUCGCCACGGAAUCCACCGCGUCCCAACUCCCAUGCCUGGAACUCGAUCCAAUGAACCUUCUCCCCCGCAAUCCAUCUCUUCCAAUUCCACCCCUGAGUCUAACGCCUCUUCCACCCUUCCGAACCUCCCUGGACUGUUCCACGACUGGCUCACAAACCCAGCCACCCAUGCCCAGGCUAGCGCAGCCAUCGACGCCUGUGGAAACGAGAGAAGGCAAUUAGAGAACGAAGGAAGGAAUUGGGACGAUUGGAGAUGGAGGAAGCCAGAUGCGAACGAAGCUUGGGAGCUCUCGACUGGGAUCGACGGAGCAUUGCAGGUACCCUUAUCGGUUUACGCGCAGAAUCUGUCAUCUUCCCCCACGUCUUUCCUACAGUCGGACUAUCAAAUUCUGGAACAGCAUUUCGACCAAGCCCACCCGAUACCUUCUCCAACCAAUCAGCGAACCCUAUCACCGAAACUCCUAGCUCCCAUCACACGCACUCCUCAGACUCUCACCCCUCCGGAAGAAGUGGCGUCCCUAUCCGCAUCUUCCAAGCCCCAUUUAGCCGAGAACUCACCCCCUCACCACCUGACGGAUCUUCCGGUUACGCCUAUCCAAGCGGAAUGGGAAGCAGCCUUCAAAUUCCUCGAAACGGACACCUUCCUGGGCGAAACUCCCCGAAUGCGUCCGACUACCAUGCAGACCGCUCCCAGACUACAUCGAUUCAAGCAGUCCGAGGUUCCACGUCGAGACGCCCAGAGUCUUCCAUACAGCAUCGAGGCAACCAUGGGAUUAGAUGCUGGGAGUGCGGAGAUCUCGGGCAUACUAGGAGAGAUUGUCACAAUAUGCGCAGAAGGAGAGUAG